AUGUUGAAGCUGACUAACUUAACGUUGAACAAUCCGACUGCCCUUAUGUCACCUAAGCAGGAGCCUUUAAGCUCUCAGAUGCCAAGUUCCCAGAUUCCUCACCAUGGGGCUUUUUAUUGUGCUCUUGGCAGUUCUAUGCCAAAUCCUUCAAGAAGUACAGUGAGAGUAUUUGGUCAUGAGCCUGUGCUGAAUUCUGAUUUCUUGACAGGAAAGCCCUAUGCAGAUAAAGCUGUACUUGGUUCUGGACAAUGUUCUAGUCCAGGCCAUGGUCAGAAUUCUGGGCAUAAUUCAGUUGGAGGAGAUAUGUCAAGACAGCUUUUUUGGAAGCACAGCAAGUGUAGUCCGGAGUGUUCACCAAUACCUAGCCCCAGAAUGAUAAGCCCUGGGCCCUGCUCCAGAAUACACAGUGCUGCAGUAAGCCUACUGAAUGGAGGAGCAGCCACAGAAUCACCUACAAACUUGCCUGAUGAAGGAAAGAAACAAAGCUACCAGCUGCCCCUUCCUCCUCUAGUGAUUUCUAAUCCUUAUCGUUUUUCUCCGUCAUAUUCAAUGGGAACAACACCUACAGUCCUGCGAAGUCCUGGAAGGACAGAUCCACCAAGUCCUGGUUCCUGCUGGAAGAAGGGAAGGCUUCUUGGCAGAGGCACCUUUGGGCAGGUGUAUAUUGGUUUUAACAGUGAAAAUGGCGAGAUGUGCGCAAUGAAGGAGGUAACAUUAUUUUCAGAUGAUUCAAAGUCUAAGGAAAGUGCACAACAGCUAGUGCAAGAAAUUUCACUGUUAAGUCGGUUACGACAUCCAAACAUAGUUCGAUAUUAUGGAUCUGAUACCGUAGACGACAAACUAUACAUAUUCCUUGAGUACGUGUCUGGUGGUUCCAUCUACAAAAUUCUUCAAGACUAUGGCCAGUUGGGUGAAUUAGCAAUUCGAAGUUACACUCAACAAAUAUUGUCAGGGCUUGCAUAUUUGCAUGCUAAAAAUACGGUCCAUAGGGACAUCAAAGGAGCAAAUAUUCUGGUCGAUCCUAAUGGCCGUGUGAAAUUGGCAGAUUUUGGGAUGGCAAAGCACAUAACUGGGCAGUCUUGUCCGUUGUCAUUCAAGGGCAGUCCUUACUGGAUGGCACCUGAGGUCAGCGAAAUCACAAAGUCAUACUCUUGA